CAAUGACAAGCAGUCGAUGAUUAAUACAGUACUUGGUGAAGUGAGACUAAUAUUCGUGUAAAAAUGGCGCUCGCUGAAGUAAGUGGUAUCAACUCCUUUGUUGAUUUUGGAUAUUCACUCGAAAAAAACAAGAUCGCCAACGAAAUCGAAACGUACACUAAAAAUUUCACUAAUAAUCUUCAAUUGGCAGUGCCACCAUUCAUAAAUCCAGCUGAAACUCUUGGAUGUAUUGCUCAAGGUACUGAUGAAAGCGGAAAACAUUUAAAGCUCAAGUUUGAUCAUGGAACUACAACUUUGGGUUUCCAAUACCAAGGUGGUAUCAUAUUGGCAGUGGAUUCACGUGCAACUGGAGGACAAUUUAUUGGUUCAUCUACCAUGAAAAAAAUAGUAGAAAUCAAUGACUAUCUUCUCGGCACUUUGGCAGGUGGUGCUGCUGAUUGUGUCUACUGGGAUCGUAUUUUGGCAAAACAAUGCCGCUUAUAUGAACUUAGAAAUAGAGAGCGUAUUUCUAUUGCAGCAGCAAGCAAGCUCUUAUCUAAUAUGAUUUAUAAUUACAAAGGAAUGGGACUAAGUAUUGGUAUGAUGCUGGCUGGUUGGGAUAAACGAGGUCCUGGACUUUAUUAUGUGGAUUCGGAAGGCACUCGCGUGCCAGGAAAAGUUUUCAGUGUAGGAUCUGGGUCUGUGUUUGCAUUUGGUGUAUUGGAUUCUGGAUAUAAAUGGGACCUAACUGAUGAGCAAGCUUAUGAACUGGGCAGAAGAUCGAUUUACCAUGCUACACAUAGAGAUGCCUAUUCUGGCGGUAUCAUAAGAGUAUACCAUAUGAAGUCGACUGGCUGGGUGCAUAUCUCGGAUGAAGAUUCUAAAGAUUUGCAUUAUGCAUACCAAAAUGAAAAAAAUUCUCAAUCGCAAACAUCUUCUUAGAUUAGUUUAUAUAUUUUACACAUGGUAUUUGUUUAUAAA